AUGAACCCUCUUCAAAUUGCCGUUGUUGGCCUUGGUCGCAUGGGAAAGCGACAUGUACACACCCUCUUGUAUCGUGUUCCACGAGCCAGAGUUGUGGCCGUAUGCAGCACGGAUCGCCAGGAGAUCAAAUGGGCUCAGGAGAAUGAAGAGUACCGAGAGUUUGACAUCGCCGUCUACAGUAACUUUGAUGAGAUGCUAGCUCAUCCCGGCUUGCAAGCUGUCUGGAUUUCCACCAGUACCGACGUUCAUGCGAGCCAGUCUUUGGCGGCCAUCGCCAAGGGAGUCCAUGUACUCUGUGAGAAGCCGCUGAGCACCGACCUUGCUGAGGCCCAAUCUGUCGUCGAUGCUGCUAAGCAGAACCCUUCGGUAAAGGUCAUGGCCGGUUUCUCUCGCCGCUUUGAUGCCUCAUAUCGAGACGCAAGCCAUAAGAUCUAUGACCAAGAAGCUAUCGGAUCCCCCUUCAUGAUCCGAUCAAACACUUGUGACUUGCGCGAUGAAUCCGGUUUCUUUGUCCGAUAUGCGGCUCGGAACGGCGGAAUCUUUGUCGACUGUGCCAUCCAUGAUAUUGAUCUUUCUCUGCGGUAUCUCGGUAACCCGGUUCCUAAGGCUUGCUGGGCUGCAGGUACACUCCAGCACCACCCAGAGCUUAAAGAGCUAUCCGAUGUGGACAAUGCAGCCCAUGGACACGAUGUCUGCACGGAGAUCACAGGUACCCAGGGCAAAGUGAUGGUGAAUGUGAUUCCCAAACAGAACAAAGUUGUUAUUGCAGACAAGCUUGGUAUGCGUCACGAGGUACAGCCGGAGUACUGGCAGCGAUUUGAGGAUGCAUUUGCCUUGGAAGCCAAUGAAUUUGUGCAGGCCAUUCUAAAGGAUACGGAUGUACCUGUGAAGCUUGAGACUGGAAUUUUGGUGAUGAAGAUUGCACAGGCCUCGCAGCAGGCACUUCUUACGGGGGAGGUUGUUCGAUUUAACGAGAGUGGCGAGCGGUUGAAUCAGGCGUCAACUCUAUAA